CAGACUCGGGCUCCGGCUCAGCGCGGCCGCAGCCCCUGGAGCCGUCAUUGCUGCGCUUCCUGGUGUGCCCGCUCUCCAAGCGGCCGCUGAGGUGAGGAUGGGCCGGGGGAGCUGCGCCCGAGCCCCGGGCAAAGCCAGGUUAGUCCCUGCUCCUCAUGUUUGCGCUUGGAUGUUUCUCCCCCCUCCCCGACUUGGCUGACCAGGUACGAAGAAGCUACGAACGAGCUCAUUAACGAGGAGCUGGGUAUCGCGUACCCCAUCAUCGACGGCAUCCCGAACAUGGUUCCGGAGGCUGCCAGGAGGACGAACAAGAAGCCGCCGGCCGAGGGCUCGGAGCAGCCGUGAGGAGCCGCCGGGCACGGCGGUACCGGGGCCUGAUGGCCGGGGCAGGGCUGCUGCCCUCGCUGCCCACGCUGACUGUGCUCGUUCCCCUCCUGUCUCUGGCAGGCCUGUUCUACUCGGCCAGCGUAGACGAAAACUUCCCCCAGGGCUGCACCAGCACAACCAGCCUGUGUUUCUACAGCCUCCUCCUUCCCGUUACAGUACCGGUUUAUGUGUUCUUUCACCUGUGGACCUGGAUGGGGAUUAAGCUAUUUAGGCACAACUAGUGUGGUGCCUUUGCUAACCCCUGGGUUUCUCUAAAUCAACAUAAUUUGUUUAAUCUCAUCGAGUAUUGCAGUUCAUUUGAGCGAGUUUCCUUCUGGCACUAGUGACUGGCAUCAUUUUCCUGCUAGGAUCUGGAACUGUAUGAAGCAGCAGGCCAUUGUUAACUACUGCUAAUGCAGAUGAAGAGUAGGAGUAAUAAGAAGCACUAAUUCCCUCUGUUUUAUCCUUUCAAGAGUGCUGUGCAUUUGUAGUGGCACUAAUUAGAACCUUAGUUUUCAUUAGGAAGUACCCUGACUGAAUAAACUAAAUUAAAAUUAAAACAUGCAAUUAUAUGAAUCUCUCUUUGAGAGCUUUGGGGGUUUUUAACCAGAUGUGUCUACUGAAGUGUUUGUCUCACUGUCAGAAGAACAAAAAAUAAAUCAGGCUGGUGUUUAAUAACAAAACUUGAGAUGAGUCAAAUGAA